AUGCUGUCCCUCGACGAAGAGGUCCGACUUUACACCACCAACGCAGAACGGGAGAAAUACUCUCUUCUAGCUACACUCUUCGGCAUCGUAGUCGCACUGGACUUUCUGGAAUGCGCAUACGUCCGCGAUUCAAUUACUGCUGCUGAGUUGUUGUCGCAGUAUAUGACGAUGGUCAAGUUGGUCAAGGAUUCGAUCCCGUCGAUCGAGGAGUUCAUGACCCGCUAUCGCCUCGAUACGCCUGCUGCGUUGCAUAGGAUCAAGGUAGGGGUACCCGCUAUGGUGGAACAUUCGAGCGAGGCUGGUCCGGAGACUGGAAAAUGGAUAGCUGAAACGACACAGAACUUCAUAACCUUCAUGGACGCACUCAAGUUACGUCUACGUGCAAAAGAUCAGCUGCAUCCUAUCCUUCAAGAACUCGUUACGGGGUACACGAGGUUUAAGGGGAGCAAGGAAUGGGGAGGGAAGAAGUCACAUGGUUGGGUGCUGAGGAAGUUGAACAGCAGUGCAGGCUUAAACAAGAGGUAA